CAAAGGAAAGAAAGUGAUAUGAAAGUUGAUUCGGCAAGAAUAUGCAGUAUCCAUUUUGAGAAAAACUGUUACGAGCUUGUGAAGACAACACCACGAUUAAUAAAUGACCCAGUCAAAGAAGUUUUAAGAUUAAAAAAGGGAUCUGUUCCAACAAAAUUCUUAAAUCUAGAAAAGAAACGAAUACGUCGAAUGUCGCAGAGCAAGGAAAAUAACAAAAAAAUUAAAGUACCAGAAAAGUCAUUUAUUGUACCUACAUGCACAGGUCUUGUACAAUAUGCACAACAAAAACAGCGUUUAUCGCAAGAAGAAACUGUAACAAGAAUGGAAACAGAUCUUGCACAAAAUAUGGAAGAGCAAAGUAAAGCGAUAAAACAACAGGUAAAGCAAGGAAUUAACGAUAAUACAAAUUAUGUUUAUGUCAAAACGUUAAUGCAAUUAAGAAAGACAGAGCAGCUGAACCGAGAACUUUUAGACGAAAAUAAAAAUCUUAAAGAAAGAAUUCGAGAUUUAGGUACACAAUUUGCACAGUUAUUGCAAGCAGAAAUUAAAAGCAUGACGAGAAAUAAACACAAAGAAGCGAAAACAAUAGUCAUCGAUGCUCUACAUAAGAUUAUAGAAAGGCUCUCAUCUGAAGACAUUGCAAGGGCUGAUUCAUUAUAACAUUCUUGUAACUUAAAGACAAUUUUAAAUAUGACGGAACUAAUGCUGCACUUAAGGUCAUGGCGCUACAUUCUAGACAAAAAUUUGAUUAGCUGUUUUAGUCGGCCGCCAAAGAAAAUAAACAAUAUGCAUAUUG